AUGAUGAAGAGGAGACUCUUGUUAAAGAUGAUGAAGAGGAGGAGAAGGUCAUUGAUAACACGAAAAGUGAAGAAGAGAGGAAACACAAUAUAUCUUCCCGAGGAUUUGCUUGUGGAGAUACUCUCUAGGGUUCCAGAGACUUCUCUGGCAAGGUUCCGGUCUACCUCAAAAGGAUGGAAUGCUCUCAUACAAAGAGAUGGGAGACUUGCGAUGAAGAACUCUCUUUUUGUCAUGUUAAUUUAUCGUAAGCUCUAUUUAGUUAGACUUAAUCUCCACGGCAUUCAUGACAACAACGGUGAAAAGUUGAUAACCCAGUUCAGCCUCAGUGACCAUCUUUCAACUUCUUCUUUGAAAGAAGUCGAUAUACGCUGCGUAUUUCACUGCGAUGGCCUAUUGCUAUGCACCACCAUGAACAAUAGACUAAUUGUUUGGAACCCAUGUUCAGGGGAAACCAGUAGGAAUAUUAUCAAACCCUUAAAACAUUACAUUGGUUUUGAUAUCUACGCUCUCGGUAAAUCCUCAUGCAACAACGAGUACAAAAUCUUGAGGGUUAUAUAUCAUUUAGGAUAUGGUUACUGGCCACCACGCCUUGUUGAGUACGAAAUCUAUGACUUCACAUCUAAUUCGUGGAGGGUUGUUGGUGAGACUAGAGACUGGUUCAUUCCAGGGCCCUGGCAAGAUGGCACGUGUGUGGAUGGAAAUACUUACUGGCUUACUUGUACUUAUUCUCCAACGGGGAUGAGGAAUGCUGGCUUACAUUGUUUUGAUUAUUCAACAGAGAGGUCUGGACGUGUGUCUCUUCCGGGUGAUCCUCUUUCUUAUAAUGUCUUGUCUAUAUCAGUGACUAGAGAAGACCAUAAACUUUGUCUCUUAACUUCUUCUCGUGAUGAGAAGGUACACGAGAUAGAUGUAUGGAUGGCAACUAAGAUUAAAGGUACCGGAGACAUGUCAUGGAAUAAACUCCUGACAGUGAAACGAACCUAUUCACAGCAGUUUCUUGCGUUUCGUAGUGGGAUGAGUUUCAUGGUCGAUCGGCAGAAUAAAGUUAUAGUGCAUCCCACUAAAUAUAAGAAGUCUAGUAACUGCUUACACAUUGUGGGAGAGAAUUAUAAACACAUAAAAGUGGACUUUCAUGUUGUAGGAUCUACUCCAUUCAGGUCUACUCCAACUUUGGUUCAUAUCCAACAAGGUUCUUUGGGGGUAGCCACAUGGAAAUCACCAAUCACCAAGUAUUCAUGA